AUGAAGCGCGCCUUCGGGUCGGAGCCGCUUGAACGCCACUAUCAGCAUUGGAAAGCGGUUGCAGCGGCGGCGGCAACACGCGGAGUGCUUAUUGGAGUAGCUGUAGCUACAGGUUGCAGUGCAAUAGCGCAUGCACCUCAUCCAUCAGCUCUUCGUUUCGCAGCCGUUUCCCUAGCCGCCACCGGUGUGCAUGUAGCUGCAUGGUGGCGACCACGACGUGUUCCCCGUCAUUCUCUACCAUUUGCCUGCUUCGCUGUCCUCCUACUAGCCGUUUUCCUCGCUCUACCAGAUCACAAUGCUUUAUUCCCAGCUAUCAUCGCGAUUUUCGUCGCCUACACUUUCUUAUCGUUACCAUUCCUUUUCAUUCUGCCAGCCACGAUGACUCUCUCAUUUAUACACGUGGCCGCAUUUGCUCUUCUCGUGCAACCAAUGAAAACAAUGGAGCUGUUAGCGGUUCUUCUCGUGCACGUGUGGAGUCAUUUUAUCGGCGUCUAUGUGCACGUGGGAAAGGAUAAAAUAGCAAGAAAUACAUUUCUAUCAGGAAAAAAUGCGGUUGAAACAGAGAAUUUGGCAGAGGAUCAAAGCCAGAAACUUAAUCGACUACUCUCGGCUUUUCUGCCUCUUCACUUGAUCACUGCGACGAGGCAUCAAAUCGCUCAACACGUUCCACAAAUCUAUGCUGAGCAUUACACACAAAUAACCACUUGCUACGGUCGAUUAUCGGGACUUGAAGGAGUGUUGGCUCAAUGCUCAGCCAAUGAUGCCGCUCGAGUGAUCAAAGAGUUUGAGCAACGAAUUGAUCGCUUAGCUACAUCACACGGUUGCAUCAGGAUCCCUUCUGAUGGAAUAUUGGUGAUUUCAUCAGUUCCAGCAAUCGAGACAGAUCAUGCGGGCCGGAUCAUUGGUUUUGCCUGUGAUUUAGAGGCUCUUGUUAGCUCAUUUCGAGAUGCCACUUGUUCAUCAGUGACAGUAACAGUUGGAGUUGAUUCAGGGCCGGUCACCGCUGGAGUGGUUGGAAGAGCCAAAUGGCACUACGAUGUGAUUGGGAUUCCCGUUGACAACGCCGUUCUCCUGCAGAACAAUGCACCGGCAGAUGGCGUUUACAUAACUGAUGACACACGAAGACUUCUCGGAAAUGAUUGGAAGAUGGAAAAUGUUGGCGAUUGCUGGAGAGUUCAAUCAAUGGGUGGCUGUCCAGCUGAAAUGUUUCCAAUAAACAAGCGUUUCUCAUUGGUCACUCUUCCACAAGCAGUUAGUCGUUUACUUCAAACCGUUUCCGCUUCCGAUACAACGAUUGGACUGAAAACGAUCGCUCUUGGCGCAUCAAAGAAAAGAAAAGUAAAGCUUAAAGGACAAUCAUCAAUCGAUUCUGAAACAACGUAUAGCGGUCGAUCAAUGAUGCAUCCAGUCACACUCACUUUCACCAAUGAUUCUAUAGAGGAAGAGUAUCAAAAAGAAAUGGAUAAAUGGUUGAUCCCAGCAUUGACUAUAUCAAUAUCAUUCCUUGUCGUUCAUGGGAUUUAUCAUCUUCUCGUCAUGCCUCGUUUGAUUACCUCUGUGGCGUUAAUCGUGAUUUCUCUUGUUUUUUUAAUGGCCUUCUUUGGAAUGCUUUACAUAAAUGAUACCUUCUCCCAAUUCGUUACACGAACCUCAAGCGGUCAUUCACUAGCCGUUCUUCUCAUCAUGGCUCUACUCUUUAUGUGUGGAAUUGUGAAUACUUUCUCUUGUCCAUCCGAUUAUACACCAGGAGUCUGUGAAAAAAUCCAUUUCGCUGCUUUCUCUUUCGCAAUUUGGAUCAUUUGGACAGCUGUUUUCUUAAAAAUUCGUUUCGUUCUAUUGGGUCCUGUAUUGCUAACAGCUUUAAGCACUUAUGUCAUUCAAAUGUUCAUCAGCCAUCCACCAAUCGGUGCCAAAGAAUUUGUGAUUGAAGCCGACCUUUUAAUCGGUUUAAUUCUUCUCGCUUACCUCAUUCUUCUGCAUGCGCGCGAAUGCGAACGCUUGCAACGACUCGACUUUUUAGCGCAUGUAAAGGGAGUCGAAGAAACGGCUUCAAAAGAUCGAUUACAAUUGCUGAACAAUCAAGUGAUGUUAAACCUCGUCCCCGCUCAUAUUGCGCCAACAAUUGCCUCAAAAUCAGGAGAACUCUGGCAGCACGCAGCUCAUUCAGUGGGAGUCGCCUAUUUAGCGAUAUCGGGUUUUGAUCUACAUGGAGAGCAAGGGCUCAACGCACUCAACUAUAUUUUCGGAUAUUUUGAUCAAGCUUUAACUGAUUACAAGGGAAUCGAAAAAGUUCGCUCAUCGAAUCGUUUCUAUGUUGUGGCGGCGGGUUUGGUGCCUGAUUCGACAAGAAAUGUGAGUGAAACUCCUUGGACAGUGGGCGAGCUUCUCUACGCGCUUGCCAAUUUUCUCCUUCGGGUCACCCAAUUCGCCACUGAGAGACAAUUCGAAGUACAAAUUGGUAUGGACUGCGGGAGUACUCUUUCCGUGAUUUGUGACACCGAGAAGCCACAGUAUGAGCUCUGGGGAGAGACUGUUGAGAGAGCUCGUUUAUUGAUGCAAUCAGCUUGUCAUGAGAAAAUUAUGGCUUCGGAAGAGAUCUAUCUCGCACUCCGACCCAGGCAAUUCAACUUUAGCAGUUCGGCAGCUAAGAUAGCACCAAAUCUGAAUGCUUAUCUUCUAAAAGUGAGAGAUGAUGAUGAUACAGUGUCCUUGGGAAUUGAGCAAAGAUCAAACUCACCAGAAUAUCACGCAGUACCCCAACAAUCCAUCUCGAUUCGGGCUGAAUUUGGACCGGAUAUGUCACGGAGAGCCGAAGAGAAACACACAAUGAAUCUCUUCCAGAAAGCACAACAAAAUGGAUAUCCUGAGCAUACUGAGCUCCUAUCCUCAAUCUGCUCUUCGUUUUCAUCAGAUCUUCACUCAAUCGAUGCUGGCGGGGAAACCGAUUCCGAUAUUGAAUGGAUCACCCCAGAAACGGCACUAAUGGGUGGAGCGCCGAUGCGUGUCAGACCGAUUCCACCACUUUUUGCCCCACCUGGUUAUAAGCCGGAAACAAACUAUCUCUACUCGGAUUGUUCGGAGGCUGAAUCGUCGAGAAAUCCGAGUCGAAUGAGUGGCAUUUCAAACGGGGAUCGAGGACCAAGUCGACAAAGCAAAACCUCGAAGAGUAGUCGAGGGAGAAGAUGGCGAAGAAAUCCGUGGAUGAAAAAAGGUCAUUCAUCGAUGAGCACAGAUGCGGAAAGUGCUGGGGAACAAGAUGCGGCAGUUCGUUUGGAAGCAGCCGCUCAUCGAGUUGAUCGAAUGUUGCGCGAGUUGAACGCCUACGGGGAUUUUGCCACAUCGAGCCCGGGAAAUGGCAUUGAUUUUCCAUUUCCCACACAGAUCGGUUCCACAAAAUCGAUUGAUGUUGAUCGGGUGCAAAAAAGGUUGAAAAGAGCGGUGAGUAGCACAGCGCACACCGAGUACGAUAAUGCCGAGAGUGAACGGGGAUUAAGCGAUUGUGAGUCUCGAGCUCCAUCUCGACAAUCCCGUCGCACUCCCGCAAAACAAAAAAGAAAAAGAUGGUUCUCAAAGACGAAAAAAGAAAAAGAUGGUUGUGAUGCAGAUAUGGAAUCUCAAUGCUCAUCAAUGGCCUCUAGCCUUGAGUUGGAUCCACUUCGAUGGAAAAGUGUUCACUCGAUCGGCUAUGAAAACGAGUACGAGUUACAAUCAGAGGUUGAGGGUUUAUGUGUGGAAGAGAUGCGAGCUCUUUCUCGGGAUAUUCGCAAGAAUUUUGGUGACUAUGAACUUGCCAAUUUUGAGGAUAUCGAUGCUGAU